UGUCACCUACGCUGCAAAAAUGAUAACAAAUCGAAACAAAAGUGAAAUCAAUCGCAAAAAUUUUCCAGUGAGUCAAGCUUUCCCCUAAAAAAUCAUGGAUUUAAUCCAGGAUUACGAGCAGCAGUACGCCGUUCUAACGGCGGAAAUCACCGCCCAAAUCGGCCGCCUCGGAGUGUCCCCAGCAGGCGAACGCACCAAACUAAUAUCGGAUAUCGAUCGCCAGCUGGAAGAGUCCCAGGAACUGCUGGAACAGAUCGGCCUGGAAAUCCGCGACGUCCCGGCCGCCAACCGGUCCGGUUACACGAGCCGCCUCAACUGCUACCAAGCCGAGUGGAAGCGCCUCCAGCAGGAAUUCACCAACGCCAAAGCGACCCGACCCAAAGGAACCGCCGGUUACAGCGCCGCGGAAUCGGACGAAUUCGACGAAAUCGGCAUCCAAGAGGACCAGAAGCGGCGCCUGCUCGACAACAGUGAACGGCUCGAGCGGACCGGCAAUCACCUCAAGGACAGCUACCGAGUCGUGCUCGAGACGGAACAGAUUGGGACGCAAGUGCUGCAGGACUUGAGCGACCAGCGCGAAACGAUCCAGAGGGCGCGCGGAAGGCUGCGCGAAACGGACGCCGAGCUGGGACGGUCGUCGCGGCUGCUCAAUUCGAUGAUGAUGCGUGCGCUUCGGGACAAGAUCGUGCUGAUUUCGGUUGCGGUUGCGCUGUUUUUGGUGCUGUUUUUGAGUAUUUACUUCUCGGUGUCGGAUUAAGAGGCUCUGAGUUUUCUGUUGUGUGAUUUUAGUUAGUACAUACUUGCGUGUUGUUAUUUUCGUUUUAGUCAUUGGAUGUCGCCUAGAGCAGCGCGACAAACGUAAUAAUGUCUUGCUUUUAUUUCAUACGAAACGUAACUAAUUUAACAAUUAAAUACUUAACAAACUAAAACAUGUUUGAGUGAAGGAUGUAUAUUAUAUGUUGUGCAUUGUUGGAACGAAAAUUUAGAUAAUUAUAUACUUAUGCAUGUAAGAAUGAUCGAUAUCAAUAAAGUGAAACAUUCCCCCAAAUAAA